AGCAGCCCGCCCACUCUUCUUCUCCUGGCUCUUACCGUGAGAUCUCCCUCCUCUUCACCAUGUCUGACAAACUGUCCUACAAAGUCGCUGACAUCAGCCUGGCCGACUGGGGCAGGAAGGCCAUAGAAAUUGCUGAGAAUGAAAUGCCUGGACUGAUGAAGAUGAGGGAGAUGUACUCGGAAUCCAAGCCUUUGAAAGGAGCCAGGAUUGCGGGGUGUCUGCAUAUGACCCUCCAGACUGCUGUUCUUAUCGAGACCCUGACUGCAAUAGGAGCUGAGGUGCAAUGGUCCAGCUGCAACAUCUUCUCUACACAGGAUCAUGCUGCUGCAGCCAUUGCUAAGACUGGAGUCCCAGUGUACGCCUGGAAGGGUGAGACAGAUGAGGAGUACAUUUGGUGUAUUGAGCAGACCAUAUACUUCAAAGAUGGCAAACCUCUCAACAUGAUCCUGGAUGAUGGUGGAGACCUGACCAAUCUGGUUCACACCAAGUAUCCCCAACUACUAAAAGGCAUUAAAGGAAUCUCUGAAGAGACCACCACUGGUGUUCACAACCUCUACAAAAUGAAGUCCAGCGGGACGCUGCAGGUGCCAGCCAUUAAUGUGAACGACUCUGUUACCAAGAGCAAGUUUGAUAACCUGUAUGGAUGCAGAGAAUCUCUAAUUGAUGGCAUUAAGCGAGCCACUGAUGUUAUGAUCGCUGGCAAGGUAGCCGUUGUAGCCGGAUAUGGUGAUGUUGGUAAAGGAUGUGCACAAGCGCUUAGAGCCUUUGGAGCCCGUGUCCUCAUCACUGAAAUUGAUCCAAUCAACGCACUUCAGGCUGCUAUGGAAGGAUAUGAAGUGACUACAAUGGAUGAAGCCAGCAAAGAAGGAAACAUCUUUGUGACCACUACUGGAUGUGCUGAUAUUGUAGAGGGCAGACAUUUUGAAAACAUGAAAGAUGAUUCUAUUGUCUGCAACAUUGGCCAUUUUGAUGUAGAACUGGAUGUAAAAUGGCUGAAUGAUAACGCUGCCAAGAAAAUCAACAUCAAACCACAGGUGGAUCGCUAUCUGCUGAAGAACGGUCGGCACAUCAUUCUGCUUGCUGAGGGCCGUCUGGUGAAUUUGGGGUGCGCCAUGGGACACCCCAGCUUUGUCAUGAGCAAUUCAUUUACAAAUCAGGUUAUGGCUCAGAUUGAGCUGUGGACCAACACUGACAAAUAUCCUGUUGGCGUAUAUUUCCUGCCAAAGAAGUUGGAUGAGGCUGUAGCAGCUGCUCACCUUGACAAACUGGGAGUCAAGCUCACCAAGCUGACCGACAAACAAGCCAAGUAUCUUGGGCUGGAUAAGGAAGGGCCUUUCAAACCUGAUCACUACCGAUACUAAGAAUCCACGAACCCAAAACCUGGAACAUAAAACGAGUAUUCUGCAUCCAAAGCAACCAUUUCCCAGAGUGGAUGGCCUCUCCUCCUAGUGUCUGGAUCUGCUAUAUUUUGGAUCUGUAUAUGGUUUUUCUUACCAUAAUGAAAAAUGUGCCUCUUUCUUGUGUAACUUGACUGUUUUUUCCCUCACUACUACAUCCUGUCUCUGAAGCCAGUGAGUGAUGUGCAAGUAGUGGUUUUGGCGUUGGCAUAGCUGUAGUUCAUCAACUACGGUUUCCUUAAGAGGGGAGUGUGAAACUCAGAUACCCAUCAUCCUCAAGUGUCGGUCAGGAAGAUCUGUAUGGAAUAGAAGAUUGAUUUGCAACAUGCAGCUGUCUUUGCACAGCCCCAGCCAAACUGUUCCUUUUAUUGGCUUUUCAGUUGUUUUUUUUCACAAAGUGGAUCAGUCAAAAGCUUUUAUUUUACCAAUCUUACCAUCUCCAAGUAUUGGCUCUUUCCUACCUCAGCCUACUUGUCUUAAUAGCUUUUGUAUUUGAUAUCUCAUGCCAUUAGCCUUUCGUGUGGCACUUAUCUUUUUCAUUUCUCCAGUGGUAACGUAAACGUUAGCAACUCUACCAUGUGUACAAUCAUUUCCAAUGUUAAACUUAAAUGUUUGUCUCCAGUUUUCAGUCAGAGGUAUACAGCAGUCUUCGGUAACCACAAUAAAAGUAUUACAAAAAAAA